AUGGCCGAUAGCAAAGAGAACGUGUUGGGGGACAAUAUUGUGAGGCUGCUGAACGACAGGCAGUACGACCAUCGCAAGCAAGCUGCCCUCGAGAUCGAGCAGAAGGUGCGCAGUGCCGUGGCAAAGGAGCGCUUGCAACCAGCUGGCGAGAGGCGCGAAGUCAGGCGAAUACUCGACUGCCUGCAGCGGGAGUACAUCGACAACUCGCAGGACCGCAGGACGGAGGCCAGCAACAAGAAGGCCGGCCUGAUAGGCCUGGCCUCGGUGGCGAUUGGGCUAGAGAGCGAGAUCGGAAAUUUUCUCCAGCAGCUCGUGGGCCCAGUCCUGAAGCUGUUCGACGACCAAGACAACCGUGUCCGGUACUAUGCCUGCGAGGCCCUGUACAACAUCUCGAAGGUUGCUCGGGAGGCCGUGCUCGCGCACUUCAACGCCAUCUUCGAGGGCCUCUGCAAGCUGUUCGCGGAUGUAGAUCCAGACGUCAAGAACGGCGUCCAGGUGCUAGACAGGUUAAUUAAAGAUAUCGUGACCAACAACCACUCUAUGUUUCAGGUCAAAGAGUUUGUCCAUCUCCUUGCCGAGCGGAUGCCAUACAAGAACCCGUUCAUCCGGAACCUGUGUUUGUGUUGGACCCAGCUUUUGCUCAAAGUGCCUGAAGUGGACGUCGUCGUGCACCUCCAAGUGUACUUGAAGGGCGUAUUCACAAUGCUUGGGGACCAGUCCCGUGAUAUCAGAGCCAACGCCGACGCGUGUCUGACGGACUUGCUACGGGCCGUGACGUCCAGCGAGCGGCAAAAGGCUCUGCAGAUUAUCUCGGAGACGGCGGUCAUCGUCGUUGGGUGUUGCAAAAGCAAUGAGUCCUACGAGCGACUCACCUCGUUGUGCUGGCUGCACGAAUACGUGCGAUUUCAAACCCAGAACGACGCGUUGUGCACAGAAACGUGGGUUAACAUUUUGCCCGAAUUAUUGGCUGGGACCUUACACUGCAUUGAUGACGCGGAGGACGAGAUCAAGCGUAUGGCCAUCGAGACCAAUAACGAAUUGCUGGAGUUGACCCACCGAUUUGCACACGAGAUGAAAGUUGAGCCUCUGGUGUGCCGGCUUCUGUCUCACAUGCAGACGCAGGCAUCACCACAGUCUGUGCCACAGCGCACUGCUUGCUUACAGUGGAUUUGCAUGCUGUUGGCGCAGAAUCCGGCACAGAUGUUGCAGCGGGACAUGCUCCACAGGUUGUUUUCACCGCUUUUUGGCACUUUGAUGCUCCCCGAUGACGAGGUUGUGGUGGCAGCCCUACGUGUACUGGCCCAGAUCAUGGAAGGGCGCGACCAGAAGGAGGACGAGAAAGAGGACAGCGAAGGCGAUGACACCUUCACUGUGGUGGCCAAGAGGCUUCUCAAGCUGUUCGCCUCUGACAAAAAGAUGCUCGAGUCGCGAGGUCGACUCAUGAUCCGGCAGUUAUGUGGACAUCUAGAUCCCCGGAGGCUCUACGUGACAGUUGCCAGAGCAAUAGACAAGGAGAUCGACAUCCAAUUCGCCCAGCAGCUCGUGCAGACCUUCAGCUGGAUUCUGUUGACCGCGACCGAAACCAAGGUCCUCCGAGACGAGCUGGCAAGAGACUCGGGGAGUCGCGACGGCCAACAGGCCUCGCCGCUCUUCCUCGAGCUGCUGAAGCCCUGGUUCCACAACCCAGUCAGCGCCCUCGCGCUGUGCUUGUGGGCGCAGCAGUUUGAGCUGGCCACCCAUCGCUGA